UCUUCCUCUCCCUCUUUCAGGCCUUCACACCUGGCAGUGGAUGUACGGCUGUGAGCUCCGGGGAAAUCAGAGCAAAGGAGGGUUUAUGCGCUUUGGCUAUGACGGGAGGACUUUCAUCACUUUCGACAAGAAGACCCUCACCUGGGUGGCUCCUGACUCCCAGGCCCAGAUCACCCAGAGGAAGUGGGACGCUGAUUCAGGCUUCAAUCAGGGAACGAAGGCCUACUUGGAGGAGGAAUGCAUUGAGUGGCUGAAGAGGUACCUGUCCUUCAGGAAGGAGACGCUGCUGAGGACAGAGGCCCCAGUGGUGACGGUGAGCAGCAAGACGGAGGCCGACGAUGGGAUGGAAACUCACGUCUGCCGCGUGGAUGGCUUCUACCCCAAGGAGAUCGACGCCGCCUGGAGGAGGGACGGGGAGGUCUGGCGGCAGGACACCUUUCGUGGGUUUGUGGCCCCCAAUGCAGAUGGGACCUACCACUACUGGCUCAGCAUCCGGAUUGAUCCCCAAGAGAGGGACCGCUAUCGGUGCCACGUGGAGCAUGACAGCCUGUGGAAGCCUGUGGACAAAGCCUUGAAGGAAUCUAACUUGGGGCUCAUCAUUGGCUGCGUUGUGGCUGUUGUGGCUGUUGUCCUGGUGAUUGUUGGGAUUGUUGGGAUCUUGGUAUUUCUCAAGAAACAUCAAGAAGGCUACAAGGCAGCAUUAACGAGUGACAAAAAAUCCCACAGUUCAGGCCCAGGGAGCAACGAGGCCAUUUAGCAGCCCCCUGGGAGCGCAACUUUGGGGCUGCAGACUCCCCACGUAGGGAGAGAGGAAAGAAGAGCGAUCAACUUUCUGCUGAGUUACGCUGUUCUCUUAGGAGGACCUCUUCAGGCCCUUCCAGCUGUCUGUAACUAGGAUGUAUUUCGGGUCUUUCAUGAGUGCCCUUGCAGAUUUUUGUCUGGGAAGAUCAGGGUUUUUUCAUCUGCAGGAGUAAUUCUAGGACCUCCCCUGAAAAGGAAAUGUAGUUGAUUCAUCUGGAGAAUUAAAGAAGGUUUUGUUUUUAUAUGUAGAGUAAAUGUCUUGUAAGAAAAACCACCUUGGAAGGGACAUUCUGUCCAUUGAUGGGAAGGGAAAAUGCCUCUUUCAGCUGCUGUUUCUGGAGUGUGCUUUGAGAUUUCUUCCAAAAAAAUUGUUAAUUCUUUAAAAAAUUAAUAUGGUGCCCAAUUAAUUGGAUUAUUUAUUUGAUUAUCCAAAAGUUUAACAAAUAACCAAUAUACCAACUGAGGGCAGCCUUCAGACACAGAACAUGAUACACCUUUUCUAGACUUCAGUUAAUGGAUUUAAUUAUUUAAAAAAAUUGAAGAUGAGAUCAGCUGUGCAGCCAGGCUGCUCCCUUCCUAAGCGCUGCAGUUUCCUUGAGAUUUGGGGGAUGAUUUUGAUUCAUCAAAUUAAUUGUUCAGCUUUGCCCAGUCAAGAAAGC